AUGCCUCCUCGUGGAAAUGAAGGUCUCGACUUCACGCCCGUACUGACCCACUAUCUCUUCCUCUUCACCACCAUCCUCGCCGUGGUAGGAUGGUUCAUGGCCUUCAUCUCCCAGGCGGUGGCCACAGCGCAAUUCGGAAAUAGGGUCGUUGGCGUCCUGUGGUUCGCCAUAUUCCUCCAGCUGUUCCUUACCAUCGGCGUCGUCUACACCCUCGCGACGGACGCGAUAGCCAUGCACCGCUUUCAAAUAUCGGUCUUCGGCGCCAUAGCUGUUGUAUUUGCCGUCACUGGCGUUGAGGAGGGCAUAUUCUCUUCCGCUGCCGCACUCGACGCGAUGGGCGCUGGUUGGCUCAUCCUCGCCAUCGUCGACAUCCUCUGGGUCCUCUACUUCACCUCGGAAGAGGACUCCCUCGCCCUCCACAUCUUCAACUCGCUCGGUACUGGUGGUCUCACCCCGCCUGGCCGCCGCCGCCGCACACGCUCCAUCUCCGCCUCCCAGACGAUCAACAACGGCUACUCGAGCGGCUACUCCCAAGGCGGCGGCAUGUACGACGCCAAGAUGGGCACCAUGGGCGCAGGCGUCCGCAGCCAGAAUAGCUUCCACGGUGGCAAUUCGCUCGAGGGUGGUCCCGUUGGCUCCGCCGCCGCCCGGAGCAUCACCAAUGGCACCCGCCCAAACAGCGCACACACCGGCCCCGCUACCUCCCCCAUUGGCGGAAACGACAGCAUGAACGUGGGUGCCAGUUCGCCCUUGAUGGGCGGCGGCGCGGCUGGCAUCGGAGCCGGUGGUGGGAUGCUCACCCCGGACAACGAGGCCCCGCCUUCGGACGCGCCCAGCGCCGAACCCGUUUACAGGGCAAAAGCACUUUAUGCAUAUACCGCAUCCCCUGACGACCCCAACGAGCUAUCGUUCACGAAAGGAGAGAUACUGGAUAUCAUCGACAAGCAAGGCAAAUGGUGGCAAGCGAAGAAGGCGGACGGCCGAGUUGGUAUCGCACCGUCAAAUUAUCUCCAAAUCAUAUAA